AUGGCAGCCAAAUUCCACAUUUCUUCUUCAUUUGGCCACAAGGCUAUUGAUACAACAACCUCUUCAUCUUCCUCAUAUUCACCAUCGUUGCUUGCUUUGCCUCAAUUCCUCUGUUCACCAUCUCCCGCAGGGUUCUCACAAUUCAAGCUUUACGCCAAAUUAGGUGGAGGAGAUGGAGAAGUGAAGCCCAAAGAGAAGAAGAAGUUCAUAACCAAAGAGGAGGAACCAGAACAGUAUUGGCAAAGCGCCGGAGAAAGAGAAGGAGAGAAUCCGAUGAAGACGCCUCUCCCUUACAUAAUCAUCUUCGGUAUGUCAACUCCAUUCGUCAUCUUAGCCAUUGCUUUCGCUAAUGGCUGGAUCAAAGUUCCCAUUCGCUAA